AAGGGAGGUCUGACCCUAACCACAGCGUUCCCCUUGCCUCUAUUGAUACCGUGAUCCCAUGGCUCGAACCACACGAGCAAGCUCGCCACCCACAAGACGCUCACUGCGGUUAAACAACUCAGAGCUAAAUUCUAGCAAUGUCUUCAUCGAGCUCCCUCUACGACCAGCACGGCGACGCAAGGCGAAACAGAUCGCUGCAGAGGCAUCCACCUCCUCAUUACCGCCCGACGAGAAACCAUCCUGCUCUUCUGAUGCGUUGAAGUCCCGCUCCCGUCGAUCGACACGAAUCACUCCAGCGGAACUGGUCCGCCGUGAAGCCGCCCUGAUGAUUCGAGAGACAGAGUACAAACGAAGGUCGGAUGAGCUGGGGAAGAAGGAAGAUGAAGUCUCUGCAUCCAUGUCACAGGUUGCAGUGCGCGAGUCCCAAGCAAUGCUGGCGGUUCUUGAGGAGCACUUCACAUGUGCAUUAUGCUAUGAGAUAAUGGCCCAACCGUAUUCGCUUAAUCCUGGUUCUUGCGGACACUCGUUCUGUGCAUUAUGCAUAUUAAGACAUUUCUUUUCCCGCCUGCAUAAAGCAUGCGGAGGGUGGCAUGAAUCGGUGGACUGUCCCAUGUGCCGCGCAUUGCUGGUGAUAACUCCGGAUCGUACACCUCGUCUAGAUAUCACAUUUCCUUUUGUUCCCAACCGGACGGCUGCCGCGGUCUGUGAAUCUCUGAUAGAGAAGCUGUCCUGUUCGUCUGUGAGCGCUAGGCCGAUCGUCAAACAGGAGGAGAGCGAUGGCAACGAGUGGAAGAUGGAACGGGGCUGCAAGAAAGGGAAGUCGAAAGAAGAGGAGGAAAUGGAAAUAGAAGAAGGGACCUCUGAGCUUAUGGCUUGGAGAGAGGGGGGAAAUCUGCGGACAGACUGGCUGAAGAAGGAUCUCGAAGGCAAGAAGGAGAUGGUAUAUCUAUUCAAUCAUUGGACCAAACUCACAGGAAGCGAUUUUAUUCACCUCAAGCAGAAGUAUGGGGUGUGACGACUGAUCAGAUGCCCCACUCCGUUGGUCACUAUUACUAUCUCAGUGCUCUCGCGUGGUCCCCGGCUGCUAGCGUCUCCGAACUCUGGUCCUUCUGUGAUCUCUCUUCCGCUUGCCGCGUUUUUCUCGAUCAACCUCCGCGUAUUCAGCAUCUACAGGGAGUCAGUGCGGACUGUGCCAUCGCACUGAUAUCCGAGCAUUCAUCUCACCUAUUCGCAUCGCUAGCAUCCGUCCUGUACACAAUUACUGGAUCUUGUUUCAUAUCCGGACCCAUCACGUUGUUUUCUACCAUGGUCUUGCAUGUAUGUCCACUUCGGUUGUGUAUCGAGAAACACGUUGCCCAGGUCGCUCGUGAAUAUCACGACCGCUGGUUGUAUCUCCUGGCUGUGUUGAGAA